CCCCCUUCUUCGGCCUCUUGACCAUUUUCACUCUCUGCACACUACUCUAGUCUAUUGCAUCGCUAUCAUUUCAGCUACUAUCCCCCACAUUCUCUCGAUAUCAUCGACAGCUUUCUCCCAUACUACCGUCACUCGUUCUACCCAACAUUCCAGACCGAACUCCCUCACUUACCGCUCAGCGCCCUUUAUUCAGCCUUGACCCAAUAUUUACCAGCCUUACCCAUCCAAGCAAAAUGCAGAGGCGUAACAACUCCAUCAGACGUAACGGUUCCAUCACCGUCGGCUCCAGCACAACCGGCAACACGACCCCCAUCAAGGUAGACCAUGCUACCUCCACCGCAGACGAUCGCAAGAACGAGCCAUGGAAGAGAUACGGUCUUCUCGUGCAAGGCUUCUGCGAGCUGGCCGCGGCCGAGAAGGAAGAGUUCCAAGAACUGGUGACAAAGGACCGCAAAGUCCAUUCGGUCGACAAGCUCACCGACUGGCACGAAUACUACCUGGAAAUGCUAGAGGUCAGCAGUACCGACGCCGAUCCUAGUUCUUACCGUGCGAACGCAGGGGCAGAGAUACCCCCUGUGGUGCGGGACUCGCUCAAUGCUCCGUCCGCUUUCUCCGGCUUCGACUACGCAAACUCGGACUGGGAGCUCUCACGUUCAGUGUACGCUGCAGGGCUCUUCACAGCCUCGACCAAAGGGCCCCUCACGGCGAGCCCGUCCGCGUACCCCACCGUCGUCGCCAUGGUUCAUUGCAUUGUGAAUGAGAUAAAUCGUGAAGAUGCAGCCGUCACUGGGACUGCAAACGCCGACGCCAACGCAGCGGCCCCAAAUCCAGAGCCCGCAACAGCAGGGCCCAGCAGGCAAAAUGACGGUCAGCCACCCCCGCCGUUACGGCCACCCCCACCGCUACGGCCACCACCGCCCACGCCACCACGCCCUGCUGCAAAUCCAGCACCCUCUCGCUCUCGCCUCCGCGUGGCACCCAACCACCACCCCCAGAUCACCCACUAUCAACACACUCACAACCGCCUGGACAUUUACGAGGCCCGAUGUGAUCUGGCUGUGCUGAGUGGCCUGGAGCCACACGUGCACUGCGGCAUUCUAGGGCGCGGGCGUGCAUGGGAACAAAACCGGGACGGUGCCCUGGAGGUGAUGCAGACCUUUUUGGCCCUCUGCCAGGAAGACGAGCGACGCUGUACGGGCCGCCUGCGGCCCUUCCAUGGUAUCAUCACGAGUGGGCUCAGUGUGUGUCUCUGCGAGAUGACCGAGCAGCGCGAGUUUCGCGACACCGCAUUCCGGGAUAUACUGCUAGCACCGCACCCCCGGGACGAAGGACGCGACGGGCACGGCGCCGUUCCAUUCGCCACCACACGGCUUUACCACAACAUCAAGCGCAUGCUGAGUAUGACGGAACGGUAUCCAAAUCCUCCAGAGGACACUGGUCGGGGACGGCGGCGCACGCGGCUCAGAUCGAACGCCAUGUCGAAAGGGAAAGAGCGUGCUACUACUGACGGUGCUUGAAGCUGGUGAAGUAGGGGUAGGAUUAAUGUUUGUCUCGGUCGUUCUUGUGUCGUUUAUCACUGUAGGCUAUUAUUCUUCCUGAGCCAGGGCUUUUAGUGUAGCUUUGGAAAAACAUGCUCAAUGUUCUCUCUGUAGGAAUAAAGGAUUUACU